AUGGCCGUGAGCGCUCUCGCUAGUAUGGAGUCCGACCAAUCCUUGGUCACGCGGGAUUUUCUGACCGGAUUCCUCGGCGGCAUGAUAUUCGCCGUUCUCCUGGCCCUCGUCCUCGGCGUCACAGCCUUGCGCAUGACCGACCACUACGGGCUCGGCCACUGGAAGCUCAACCUCAGAACGCCACUGAGCUCCAUGUGGAUGAACGUCGGUUACUGGCGCGACGAUGACGGCAACCAGAUCGAGCACUUUGACGAGGCAGCCCUCGCCCUCCUCAAACAGCUCCUCUCCGCCGCCGGCCUCCUGGCCCCCCAGUCCCCGACGGCCGCCCGCCCUGGCGCCCUCGCCGUCCUCGACCUCGGCUUCGGCUGCGGCGACCAGACCUGGCACCUCGCCCGCCUGACGGCGUCAGGCCCGUGGUCCGACUUUCGCUACGUCGGCCUGACCCUCAACGAGGCCCAGGUGCAGACGGCCUCGCGGAAAAUUUGCCGCGAGGUCGCCUCUGCCGCUGCCGCCUCCUCCUCCUCCUCGGCGGACCUCGACAUCCGCGCCGACGCCUUCAAGCUGUUCCGCGCCGACGCCGCGCGCCCCGACACCUGGCCCGCCCCCGUCGCCGACGCCGUGCGCGCCCCUCGCCGACGAGCGCUUCACCGACAGGUGGCUCGUCGCGCUCGACUGCCUCUACCACUUCUCGCCCUCGCGGCGGCCCGUCUUUGCGAAUGCGGCGCGCGAGCUCGGCGCCCACGUCGCGGCCUUUGA